AUGCUCGACGAUGAACGUGUAACUUUUCUUGUGCCCGGUGGACGACAUGCCGAUGCGAGUUGCUCUUGCCCCGAGUGUCAUAGUCUGCUGGUGGAUGUUGACAUCAAAGCAGAACUUUUUGAUGGGGCGUCAGGCCUCGCAACCAAUCGGCUUGACUCCAGUGUCGAAUCGCGGACGCCGCCCUAUUCCAAGCUGGUCCAGAAUCUGCACCACGUACGACGACUGCUACCGAAGCGACCUCUUACUCUUGCCGAGAAGAUCUUGUUCUCACACCUCGACAAUGCCGAGGACUCAUUAUUGCAAGGCACCAACAAUGGCACACAUAUACGGGCCAAGGCCACCCUGAAGCUCAACCCAGACAGGGUUGCUAUGCAAGAUGCGAGUGCUCAGAUGGCCUUGUUGCAGUUCAUGAGCUGUGGAAUGCCCACCACUGCUGUGCCUGCGAGUAUACAUUGCGACCACAUGAUCGUGGGUGAGAAGGGCGCAGAUAUCGAUGUGCCAAACAGCAUCAAGGGCAACAAGGAGGUCUAUGAUUUCUUGGAAAGUGCAGGCAAGAAGUAUGGAAUCGAGUUUUGGCCACCGGGCGCCGGCAUCAUCCACCAGACAGUGCUGGAGAACUACUCUGCACCCGGCUUGAUGAUGCUUGGCACAGAUAGUCACACACCGAACGCGGGAGGUCUUGGUGCUAUCGCGAUUGGUGUAGGAGGCGCUGAUGCCGUGGACGCCAUGGUUGGCGCUCCAUGGGAGCUUAAGGCACCCAAGAUCCGUGGUGUUAGACUCGUCGGCCAGCUCAGUGGAUGGGCUUCGCCAAAAGACGUGAUUCUUGCGCUUGCUGGCAAGCUGACGGUGCGAGGCGGUACAGGAUACAUUACUGAGUACUUUGGACCUGGUGUCGAAACACUGUCAUGUACAGGCAUGGCCACUAUUUGCAACAUGGGUGCCGAGGUCGGUGCGACCACAUCUAUCUUCCCGUAUACUCCUUCAUCACAUGGCCCAUAUCUCCAGUCAACGCACCGUGCAUCGAUCGCCGAGCAAGCUGAUGCGAUUGCGGCCUCGCCUGGACCACACAACCUACUCAGACCCGACUCAGACUGCGAGUAUGACGAAGUAGUUGAGAUCAACCUUUCUGAAUUGGAACCUCACAUCAAUGGACCUUUCACCCCCGAUCUCUCUACUCCCCUUUCAGGGUUCAAGGAGGCAGUAGAGAAGAACCGAUGGCCAUCGACCUUUGGUGCCGGUCUCAUUGGUAGCUGCACCAACAGUUCCUACGCCGACAUGACUCGCGCCGAAUCCCUCGUUCAGCAAGCACAUGCUGCCGGACUCAAGCCAAAGGCCGACUUCUUCAUCACUCCUGGUAGUGAGCAGAUUCGAGCCACCUUGGAGCGAGACGAUACUCUUGAUACUUUCACUGAAGCAGGAGGCGUUGUUCUCGCCAACGCAUGUGGACCUUGCAUUGGAAUGUGGACGCGCACAGACGGUGUUGAGAAGGGCGAGGAUAAUGCCAUUUUCACAUCUUACAACCGCAACUUCCCGGGCCGAAAUGAUGGCAAUCGGCAGACCAUGAACUUCUUGGCAUCGCCCGAACUUGUCACCGCCAUGUCGUAUGCUGGCCGCACUGACUUUAACCCGAUGACAGACUCCAUCAAGACACCUUCUGGCGAGGAGUUCCGCUUCCAACCACCCCAAGGUACUGAUUUGCCAGCCGCCGGUUAUGCUUCUGGAAAUGCCCUCUUCCGCCCUACCGAGCCCGUACCUAACGCCAGCAUACCCAUCUCUGUUGACCCCAAUUCCACCCGUCUCGAGCUGCUAGAGCCAUUUGAGCCCUUCCCAGAGGGCGAACUUACUGGACUAAAGGUACUUGUCAAGGUCAAAGGACAGUGCACCACAGACACAAUCUCUGCUGCCGGGCCAUGGCUUAAGUACAAGGGACACUUGACCAACAUUAGCGAAAAUACUCUCAUUGGCGCCGUCAACGCCGAGACUGAGGUCGUAAACCAAGUCAGCGAUGUUGACGGGCAGACGUAUACCAUUCCUGAGCUUGCUAAGAAAUGGAAGUCUCAAAAUCAGCCAUGGCUCGUUGUCGCUGAGCACAAUUACGGGGAGGGAUCUGCCAGAGAGCACGCAGCACUCCAACCUCGCUUCCUGGGUGGUAAGAUCAUCCUGACCAAGUCCUUCGCGCGCAUCCACGAGACGAACUUGAAGAAGCAAGGCGUCAUUCCUCUUACAUUUGAAAAUGAGGCAGACUAUGAUAAGAUGGCCGGCUGCGACGAAGUCUCAACCGAAGGUCUCUACGACGUGCUCAAGGGCGGCGAUGGCCCUAUCACUCUGAUCGUCAAGAAGAAAGACUCAGGCGAGACUCAUCGCGUACCAGUCAAGUACAAUCUGUCUCCUGACCAGAAGAAGUUCAUACUGGCAGGAUCAGCAUUGAAUCUGCUGGCACAAAAGAGCAAACAGAAGCAAGCGCAGUCCUAG